AUGGUGCUAAAUUUUGAUGAAGAAUUGAAUUUGCAAGAGUAUACAAUUUCUAACCAGGGUUCAAAAAGAACUAGAAGUGUUAAGCCUGACAAUAUUAGUAAUAUACUUGAAGAAGCACCAAAUGAAAUACCGAAUAACCAACUGAAUGUUGACUUUACAAAUUCCGAAUUAGAGUACCUAACCUGCCACAGUUUAACAGCACAUGCGUUUGAAAAUAGCGAAAUAGAUGUAUCCCCUGCCAUUUCAAACCAAACACACCAGCUGCUAAGGCCAUCAUUUUCUUCCGAGUACGAUACAGACACAACUGAUCUUAUAGGAUUUGUAGAGCAGAACACCCAUCACGCAGUUACAACUUCUAACCGCUACAACAAGUCGUCAGAAGAAUUGGUAUUCCAAGAGAGUAUUGACUACUCAACUUUCCUUGAGAAUGUCCUUGAAAGGGAAAACAACAACAGCAUAGGAAAUAUUGAAUCAAGUAGAGAGUUUGAUAAUGCAGCAGCAAACUUGUUUAGCUCGGAAAACUGUGAACACGAUUUGUUACUACUACAGCACGAAUUACAGGAAACCGGUAUACCUAUUGAGCAAUUUCAACCCCAAUCUUAUAUUUACAACGAAGAGAAUGAUGACUUUCUAAAUCAAAGUCCAGCACAAGUCAAUACAGCAGCCACCAUUACCACAACUACCACGCUGCUGGUUCUGGUUCUACUGUUAGUUAAAUCACCUUGUCACGUGACUUCCAACUAUGAAGAUUUUGUUACUUCACCAAUAUACGAAUGGCCAAAUGACGAAUCGGGUGUAUCAGUUGACCUUUUGAACACAAUUAAUGUGCGAGUAGCGAGUUUGGAACCGAAAACAGUGAGUGAUGCAGUGAGGAAAACAAUACGCGAAGAAUUUGUUAUACAAGACAUGUUUCUAAAUGGACAAUCUCCACUACCACCAGAAAUACCCAGAUCAAUAAGGAAAAAGUCAGAUAGAGACGUUGAAUGGACUCCCCUCAGUGUUUACAAAGCUUAUACAAACAUUAAAUCGCCUACUAAUGGUAAAGAAGCCUAUAACCAUUUAGUGCCGUAUACUUCUUGUAUUGGUACGCUAAACUACCGACCAAAAGAUCACGCUGCUUGGAAACGGGCUCCUAAUAGACGUCGCUAA